CCCGAAUAAAGUAGCUGGCGGAAGAUUCCGACUGCCCUCUUAGACUUUCACCAUGCUUGAGCUGUGUGGCCUUUAAAAGCCAUCGAAGGGCCCAUCCGGACUCUCUGUAGCUCUGCAUGACAUUCUCCCUUUUGCCACACAACAUACUUUUCCUCCGAGAGAUCCGCCAGUAUGACAGCCCAUGAUAUCCCAGCCGGAGUUUCCCAAAUCGAAUCCCAAAGCGUCAUGAAUGGGCCAACCAACGCAAAUCCGCCCAACUGGGUGCCAAUCCUGGAGAAGCCCGUGUACAAGCCCCGGAAGCUCCGUGUCGUCUGCGUCGGCGCUGGCUACUCCGGUCUGAUGCUGGCGUACAAGUGGAAGCACCAGACGCCGAUGGAUGACUUCGUCGACCUCGCCAUCUACGAGAAGAAUUCCGACGUCGGCGGCACCUGGCUGGAAAACAGGUAUCCGGGCGUGGCCUGCGAUGUCCCAGCUCACAUCUACACCUUUUCGUUCGAGCCGAAUCCCGACUGGAGUUCGUUCUAUGCUUCGGGGCCGGAGAUCUGGGAGUAUAUCAAGCGGACCACGCAGAAGUACAACCUCGACGAACGCGUCCAGUUCAACAGCAAGGUCAUCUCGAGCGUAUGGGACGACGAGAAGGGCAAGUGGCUACUCGAGAUCGAGCAGAACGGCACAGUCAUUAAGGACGAGGCCGACGUGUUGAUAAACGGGUCCGGCAUCCUCAACAAGUGGCGGUGGCCCGACAUCAAGGGCCUUCAUUCCUUCGGGGGCAAGCUCCUGCACAGUGCGCGGUGGGACCAGACAAUAGACUGGACGGGCAAGCGCGUAGCCCUCAUCGGGAACGGGUCGUCGGCGAUCCAGAUCCUGCCCCAGAUGCAGCCCAAGGCGGCCAAGAUCGUCAACUACAUCCGGACGCCGACGUGGAUCUCGGCCAACUACUCGGCGGAGCUGACGCCCGAAGGCAAGAACUUCCGGUACACGGAGGAGCAGAAGCGCGAGUUCCGCGAGCAGCCGGAGAAGCUGCUGGCCAUGCGCCGCCAGAUCGAGCACCACUUCAACCAGUUCUUCUACGCGCUCCUCCUCGGCACCCCGCAGCAGAAGGCCGUGACGGAGGCCUUCACGCGCACCAUGGAGGAGCGCCUCAACGGCGACCGCGACCUCUGCGCGCGCCUCAUCCCCGAGUGGAAGGUCGGCUGCCGCAGGCUCACCCCCGGCGAGGGAUACCUGGAGGCCCUGCAGGCGCCCAACGUGCGCAUCGAGUUUGCCGACAUCGCCGCCGUCACCGAGAGCGGCAUCGAGACCGCCGCCGGGUCCGUCGACGAGUUCGAUAUCAUCGUCUGCGCCACCGGGUUCGACGUCAGCUUCACGCCGUACUGGGACCUCGUCGGCAGGGGCGGCGUCCGGCUGGCGGACCAGUGGCGCGAGGACCCGGCUGCGUAUUUCGGCAUAUGCGCGCCCAACAUGCCAAACUACUUCAUCUUCAACGGGCCCAAUUGCCCCGUGGGUCAUGGCAGCUUGUUGGCUGUCAUGGAGUGGACGGCUGAGUAUAUCCUGAGGUCCGUCACUGUCGACGCCGAGGCAACGGCCGACUACAAUACGUACACGCACGAGUUCCUCAAGCGCACCGUCUGGACGAGCGGCUGCCGGUCGUGGUAUAAGAACAACAAGGUGGAUGGCAAGGUGACGGCCAUGUACGCGGGUAGCAUCCUCCAUUACAAGGAGAUCCUGGAGAGCUUCAGGACCGAGGACUUUGAUUUUGAGUACAACAGCCGGAACCGGUUCAGGUUCAUGGGCAACGGCAUGACAGUGAGGGAGGAGAAGGGGGAGGACCUGUCGUUUUAUGUCUAUAAAUGA